AUGGGCUUCAAGAAAGAAGGUCUUGGCACAGGCUGGACACUGGGCUACUGCGGUUAUCAUCAACGCUCUACGACUGGGCGAGGAGGAGGGAGGUCUAACAGCGACCUCCAACAUGUCAGGAUACGCUAUCACUUCGUGGCGCGUAAUGCCAAUGAGCUCUCUGUACAGCCGGGUGAAGUGCUGGAGGUACGGAUGACCCUCAGUGAGGAGGUGGAGGAGGAUGGGGAACAGGGCAGAACAGGUCUGAGGUACACUGUCUUGGAAAACAAUAAACAGUGGCGGCUGCUGAGGAACCGCAGCGGUCAGUCGGGCUACGUGCCGUGUAAUGUGCUGGAAGAGGUCAAACCAGGAGAGCAGCAGUACAACCGUGCUGCUCUCUUCAACAGUCAGGCUGUGAAUCCAUACAAAGUUACCUCCGCUGGCCCUGUAAAUCACGCUGAGGUUGUGGAGAUGAAUAAAUCCUCCAGGGAUAAAGAUAGUACGUACCUCUUAUCUGUUCGCUGUAUUUGCUGUGAUAUGGAGAGUGUGGCGAGUCUGCUGAAAAAAUGCAGAGAAGUGAGAAAUGAAUUUGGUGUGAGAGUGCUCUUAUGUACAUAGAUUGCAGAUUCCCACCAGAACUCAUUGCU